UUUCUCUAAUAAUACAGUAUGUCUAUAACAAUAAUGUCUGCAUCGCUAACAUGAAUUUUUUUUUUCAGAUUCUUCCAAUUCCACCAUCAACGCACCGAAUAGACACCACAUCGACCUAUUCAUCUGGGACUUCUCUCUCUAAUAAUACAAUUCUUCCAAUUCCACCAUCAACGCACCGAAUAGACACCACAUCGACCUAUUCAUCUGGGACUUCUCUCUCUAAUAAUACAAUUCUUCCAAUUCCACCAUCAACGCACCGAAUAGACACCACAUCGACCUAUUCAUCUGGGACUUCUCUCUCUAAUAAUACAAUUCUUCCAAUUCCACCAUCAACGCACCGAAUAGACACCACAUCAACCUCUUCAUCGCGGACUUCUUUCUCUAAUAAUACAGUAUGUCUAUAACAAUAAUGUCUGCAUCGCUAACAUGAAUUUUUUUUUUUUCAGAUUCUUCCAAUUCCACCAUCAACGCACCGAAUAGACACCACAUCGACCUAUUCAUCUGGGACUUCUCUCUCUAAUAAUACAGUAUGUAUCUGUCUAUGACAACAAUAAUGUCUGCGUCGC